AUGGGCAGCUUCACGUUCCGAUGGCCGUAUAAUGGGAACGAGGUUUUUGUUACCGGCACCUUUGACGACUGGGGGAAGACCGUUCGACUUGACAGAGUUGGCGAUGUCUUUGAGAAGACAAUCUCACUUCCUGAGACGGACGAGAAAAUACAGUACAAAUUCGUCGUGGAUGGUAACUGGAUUACCGAUAGCAGUACCCCUCAGGAAAGCGUCGGCGGCAAUAUCAAUAACGUUCUCUACCGUGAUCAGAUUAAAGACACCUCUACAAUCACCGAUAUCCCUCAACUCGCUGGUGCUGCAGUCAUGUCGGGAGUGACUCCAGACUCAUCAACGGCUGCUCUGGCAGCCAACGUUCCCAAGGAAAGCGAGAAGCAAGCUUCCACCCUAUCCUCCGCUGCCCCCGAGUCAACAACGGCCAACUUGGCGAAGCAAGUCCCAUCUGAGAACAGAAAUAAUGAAGGCGUGCCUGGUUCAUUCCCCGACACGCCUGCAACUGAGGCAGAGACAUUCUCCGUAAACCCCAUUCCUGCCUCCAGCGGUGCGAGCAACCCUAUCAAAUUGAAACCGGGAGAGAAGGUUCCCGACCCCAACACCACUCACUCGAACACCGUCCAGUCGACGGUCCGCACUGAUCCAGCCGGGUAUGAGCAGGACCCAAGUGGCUCGCUCGCGGGACUGCCUACCGCUACAAACCCGGCUGCGUCCCAUUCCAACCCCACCGGCGGACGUCGUCAGAGUAAAAUCAUCCCCGAAUCUGGUCUACCAGUCGACGGCGAAAGUAUCGGUUUGACAGACACAGGCGUCACCAUUGAGACUGCCACACCAUCCGCGACCACUGUUGGUCUCGCCUCUGCCGUUCCUCUCGAAUCUCAAAAACAGAACUCCACCAGCGGUGCUGGUGCGGUGAGCGAGGUUCCAGACAGGGUGAAGAACUCUAUCUCCGAGGCACACCGGGACCCAGAAGCCGCAGCUGACAAAGGUGCCGUGGAGGAGAAGAAAGAGUUCGAAGACGAGCUCAAACGAAAGGUCAAGCCUAGCGAGGCAGGCGGAACACCAGCUCCCACGACCACCGCCGCAACAACAGAGACUGCGCCUGCCGCUACUGGCGGUGCAUCCCAGUCAGGAGAACUGUCCCCUCGCUCGCCAUCUCCAUCGGAGCCAACAGUCACGACCGGGAUUGCCAGCGCCAAAGCGCCUGAGGCUUCUAACGCUACAGGUGUGUCUUCUCCUCUAUCUGCAGGCCCAACCGUCACAACAGGUCCAGCCGAGUCCAAAGCCCCCGAGGUCUCUAGUCCCAAAGACAAUUCUGCCGCCGAAGGAGCUGGUGCCGCAACGGGGGCAGAGGACAAAGACAUUGGGAAAGCCGUCUCUGAAGGAACUCGUACCGAUACGCGUGAACACAGCAGCUUGACAGGACCACCUAGAAAAUCUGGAUCCACUUCUGGGCCGGCGGCCGGCGCAGGACAGGCUGGAACUAAGUCUUCUGAGCCUAAGCAGGAUGGAUUUAAACUGGGAGAGUCCAAGCAGACUGGCGCUGGUGACACCUCCGCGACGAAUGGUAAUGGUAACGGAACCGUUCGCAAGGAUUACGCCGACCAGGCACAAGGGAAAGCAAACGACGUGGCCAAGGAGCAGAAGAAGAAACACCGCGGCAGUGGACUCUUCCAGAAGCUCAAGGAGAAGUUCAAAUAA